AUGUCGCGUGAUGAGCGAGACAACGCUGCUCCGCUCUGGAGGUUGUCGGACGAGGAUCUGGAAGACCUCCCGGGCGGAGAGGAAGGCGGGAGAGAAUGCAGUGGGAUGAAAGAAGGAGGAAGCAAAGAAAGGAAGCAGCUCGGCUCAUCCGGCGCUCAGCCGGGAACACUCCAGCCUGCAGCUAGCUGUCCCGGCAGCUGUCCCUCCCGGGCCAGCUGCACGCACCGCCCGGAGAUCACGGCUCAUCGGUUUCGUUCUGGUUGGGCCCCUCCGAGACCCGAUUCUUCGCUGAGCCACUGGCCUCCACUGACGGGUCAGAGGGCGCCGGUCACUGACAGACAGGCGUGGGGAGGUCAGCCGCGGCGGGUCAGGGGUCGGCCCCCGGUGACCUCUGACCUCUCGGAGGGCCUCCUCCAGAUCGGCGAUCUCCGCGCGCGGAACCUCCGCCACGCGGGAGAAGGACGAGCCAGGACGAGCCAGGACGAGCCAGGACGAGCCAGGACGAGCCAGGACGAGCCAGGACGAGCCAGGACGAGUCAGGACGAGCCAGGACGAGCCAGGACGAGCCAGGACGAGCCAGGACGAGUCAGGACGAGCCAGGACGAGCCAGGACGAGCCAGGACGAGCCAGGACGAGCCAGGACGAGCCAGGACGAGCCAGGACGAGUCAGGACGAGCCAGGACGAGCCAGGACGAGCCAGGACGAGCCAGGACGAGCCAGGACGAGCCAGGACGAGCCAGGACGAGCCAGGACGAGCCAGGACGAGCCAGGACGAGCCAGGACGAGUCAGGACGAGCCAGGACGAGCCAGGACGAGCCAGGACGAACCAUGACGAGCCAGGACGAGCCAGGACGAGCCAGGACGAGCCAGGACGAGCCAGGACGAGCCAGGACGAGCCAGGACGAGCCAGGACGAGUCAGGGCGAGCCAGGACGAGCCAGGACGAGCCAGGACGAGCCAGGACGAGCCAGGACGAGCCAGGACGAGUCAGGACGAGCCAGGACGAGCCAGGACGAGUCAGGACGAGCCAGGACGAGUCAGGACGAGUCAGGACGAGUCAGGACGAGUCAGGACGAGCCAGGACGAGUCAGGACGGGACAAAAAGGGCUCGCCGCAGAUCCGGCGAGCCGGCACGGCACAAAGGGAGACGGCGGCGGCCUUUGUGUCGCGCGCGUGA